ACAUAACUUCUGUAACCAUGGCCCUCAUACUUGUAGCAAUUCUACUCACCUUAUCCUUGGCAGCUUUCUCCGACGCUCAAGCUCCAUCAAUGCCACCAACCACCAUGCCAAUGUCGUCACCACCACCCAUGAUGAUGCCUCCUUCCAUGGCACCGCCACCUAUGAUGAUGACACCACCACCCAUGAUGAUGACAUCACCUCCCAUGAUGAUGCCCAUGGCGCCAGCACCAAUGAUGAUGGGGCCUGGACCUUCUAUGAUGACUCCCACCGGCGGAAGUAGCAUCCUACUGCAGGGAAGUAGCAUGGCCUUGGUGGUGCUGUUUGGAAUAGUGUUACUCGCUGCUUAAUUGUAUAGCUAGUACUCUAUAGCUAGCUACUCGUGCGUGUACCAUUUAUUUUUAUAAUUAUUUUUGUUUUUGCAUUAAUUAAUUUGUGAUUUGGAGAGAUUAAUGUUUUAUAACUAUAUUAUUUGUGAAAUAAAGAAAGGUUGGAGAUUGUUGUA